AAAGCCCUAGCCCGAGCUUCCAUUUCUAUUCUAGGGUUUCUUUGCUCAGAACUAGCAAGCCAGAAGCAGAGGUCGAGUGAGAAGCAGCCAAAGCAGCCAAGCGCGAAACUCUGCCGCCAUGGGUCGUAUGCACAGCCGAGGUAAGGGUAUUUCCGCAUCUGCUCUGCCCUACAAGAGGACUCCACCUAGUUGGUUGAAGAUCUCUUCUCAAGAUGUUGAGGAGAACAUUUGCAAGUUUGCAAAGAAGGGUUUGACCCCCUCUCAAAUUGGUGUUAUUCUUCGUGAUUCCCAUGGGAUUGCUCAGGUGAAGAGUGUUACAGGCAGCAAGAUUUUGAGGAUACUUAAAGCCCAUGGUCUUGCUCCCGAAAUUCCUGAGGAUCUGUACCACCUGAUUAAGAAAGCCGUUGCCAUCAGAAAGCAUCUUGAAAGGAACCGGAAGGACAAGGAUUCCAAGUUUAGGUUGAUCUUGGUUGAGAGCAGGAUCCACCGACUUGCUCGCUAUUACAAAAAGACAAAGAAGCUGCCACCUGUGUGGAAAUAUGAGUCUACCACCGCCAGCACUCUUGUGGCUUAGAGAAGGCACCUUUUACACCAACUUCCUGUGCCUUGAUUGAAAAUUUUCUUAAUAUGCAGGACUAAACCUUUUUGUAUUACAAUCUAUUAAUGGUUUUAAAGAACUUGUUCGCUUAUGGUUUGAAAGUGAGAUACUUAGGAGGCGAAGUCUUAGUUUAAGUUUGGU